AUGCGAAUUUGCCCACUCUACUACUUGAUCGUCUUUAUUACGGAUGUGAGCGAUUUUCGACAAGACAUCGCUCUUUUGAGAGCUCUCGCCAUAUUGGCCGUUCUCGGUUAUCAUUUUUGGCCUUCGAUUUUCCCGGAAGGAUUUCUCGGAGUUGAUCUCUUUUUCGUCAUUUCUGGUUACUUGAUGAUAGUGGUGCUCGAUCGAUCGAAACUCAUUCCCCAUCAUAUGAUUGUCGAGUUUUACUAUAAACGAGUAAAGCGAAUUUGCCCACUCUACUACUUGAUCGUCUUUAUUACGGGUUUUUUUGCAAUGUUUGUCUAUUCGGCCAGCUGGGCCCAGCAAUAUUUCUCCUACUAUCUUCCGUCAAAUUUAUUGACACUAAAUUUGAGAAUGGUCUCAACAGAUGGUGACUAUUUCGAAGAAGGAACCGUUGGGAUUCCAUUUCUUCAUUUUUGGUCUCUAGCUGUAGAGAUGCAAUUCUAUAUUGUCGCACCAAUCAUUUUUCUCUGCUCAAAGAUGCAAGUCGAGGGCUAUCGAUGUGGAUGGUUAAUAAUGCUCAUAAUCCUGGUGAUUUCGCUGAAAUUCCGCCUCGAAAUCACCCCAAUCACCGCUUUUUAUCAUCCGUUUGCGAGACUUUGGCAAUUCCUGAUCGGAAUGCUGGCCUCCUUUUGGACAGAGGAAAUUACGUCAAAAGAGAUACAACAAGUGCAGCCAAACCGAAAACUCAAGGCAAUCGCCGUGGUUUCUCUUUUAUUGACGUUUGUCGUGUUUCUCCCGGUUCAAUUGCUCGACCCACGGCUGAUCCAAAUCUUUGUCACAAUAAUGGUCGGCGUCUUCAUGAAAUUUGCUCCACAUAGCUUGAUUGAUUGGUCAAAGUUUCGUCUGAACUAUCUGGGCGAGAUCUCCUAUGCUCUCUAUUUGAUUCACUAUCCGGUGCUCAGCUAUUCAAAGUAUUUGGCUUCAUAUUACGAUCUUGAAGAAAAUAUCGCUAUGAAAUCGAUUGUCGAGGAGAACCGUAAAGCGUACAAGACAAUGUAUAAAUUGGAGGAGGGAGUAAUGGUGAAUGACGCGUGGAAACAGAAACGAUCCGAUAUGGGACAUUACCAAUAUAAGGCUAGUAUUUUCAAAAAUGGAACCGGAAAGUAUCGUGUGGUCGUUUCGGGAAACUCUUGGGCGUCACAGCAGACGCAUAUAGUACGAGAAAUUCUUCAAAACGAUAUCCAAACGAUGGACAUGUUCGCCAUCGCGGCUUCGGCGGUUCCAUUCGAUUAUGUAAAAGGUCAAUCGGAGGGAUAUUGGAAAUUCGUUGAGGAGACUCGGCCUCAGAUUGUUUUCAUUUUAUUGAGGUACGUACAAGGCCAUCUGAAACCCCUUCAAAAGAAUGACAAAAUUCUAGAACUGUACUUGAAUGCGACAAGAAGACUGAGUAAAUUUGCUGAUCACAUCUUCAUCGAAUCUCAUCAACCAUACUGUCCCAAGGACAUUACAACGCCAUGGGCUUCGUUCCUUCGAAAAUACGUUGAUGUGCUCGAGAAAGGUGGUGAUCCGAACAAAAUGGUGCACCGCAAUUUUGACCCAGAAGCCUUCGAUAAUCAUGCUAUUCACAAAAGGUUGGCUGUUGUCUUGAAGGAGUGUCCAAAAUGUCAUUUGAUCAAUGUGGCCGAGCAGUUUAUAGGAACAUGGAUGAAAACAAGGUCUCGCAAGAAUUCGAUGAAAUCGAUCAAGUCAAGAGCCAGCUCGUUGCUCAGUUUGAAAUCGAUCAAAGACAUGAUGACCAAAGAAACGAUUAUGACCAUUUGGAUUCAAAGCGCUUUACCGUUCCUUAUUGCCGGACUUGGAUCAAUUGGCGCAGGAGUGGCUCUAAAUCAAGCACAACAGUUUGCAUUGUUUGUAAAUAUCCCGCAAAUGAUUGGCUUAUCGACACCGAUUAUGGGAUUGAAGGGAAAUUUGGACAUGACAUUUGCUUCGAGAUUAGCGACAAUGAGUCACCAGGGAAAGCUGGACACAUGGAGUGGAAUCAAGAAACGCGUGCCGAUCAACAUGAUGCUUGUGCAGGCUCAAGCCAUCAUCAUCUCAUUCUUUGCCACCGCGAUUACCUUGGCACUGUCAGCCAUCCAGAAUGCUUUGCACAUUCAAGGAGCUCCAUCGAUGGACUCCCUUGGCUCACACAUUCCAUUGAUGAUCGCCACUGGUUUAUUGACCAUUUGCACAUCGUGUGGAGUCAUGGAUACUGUCAUGGCUACAAUGGUCAUUGUUUCUAGACGCAAGAACGUGAAUCCGGAUAACAUCACAGCGCCGAUCGCGGCCUCGAUGGGUGAUCUGGCUUGCAUGUGUUUGUUGGUUGCCUAUGGAUCGGUUCUCUACAUUCCCUAUAAUAGCAAUGCCUCCUGGAAAAUGGUUCCCUCAAUAAUCGUCAUCAUUGCCAUCAUCGGUCUCUGGCCUUUUUGGCUCUACAAAUGUUUGCAAGAUGAGAAAUGUCGAGCUAUGCUAAAAACUUCAUGGUUUUCCUUGAUUGCGUCGGCCGUGUUUUCAGCAUGUGGUGGUUUCAUCUUGCAAAUCUGUAUCAACUCUUUCCCGGAGAUGUCUCUCUAUCAACCGUUGAUGGCCGGAAUUGCCGGCAAUCGAGUGGCCGUUCAGUCUUCCAGAAUUGCCUCAAGACUCUUCACACAUCAUACUUCCGGCGAGCUGCCAAAGGGAAAUACUCUAUGGAAGUACACGUCGGUGUUGAGAUGUUACUUUUCAAAAGAUGAUGACUCAGGUGCUGCUAGACUUCUUUUGGCCACAGCCGUUCCGUUCCAGGCAAUUUUCGUCUCCUUGACCUAUCUGGUUUCCUACUUGCUGCACAAAGCCGGUGUGAUCAAUCCACUUCCGAUGAUCAAUUGGCAAUUCACUUUAGGAUAUCUCGCUGCCGCUUUUGUACAGAUUUUCAUUCUCCUUUAUUGCUGCCAAUUCUUGGUGUUCGCGAUGUGGCGGUAUAAAGUGGAUCCGGAUUUACAUUCGAUUCCCAUAUUGACCGGUAUGGGCGACUUAUUUGGAACUACAUGGGCUGCUUUGGCAUUUAUCAUAUUGUACCAGAUAACGCCGAGUUCCAUUAGAACAUGUUGGGAUGCUGAUGUGAAAUGCUCU